GCUUCGCAGACCUCAUUCAGCCCAGAGCAAAGCGCAGCGCCAAAGAAGACUCAUUAUUCCCUCCUCCGGGCGGGCGCUCCCGCCGCGGCAGCAGCCGCCAGGGCCCUCUCCAGCCAGAGGGACUCCUGGGGGCCUCCCCAGGGGGCCCCCCGGGGGGCCUCCCGGAGCCCCUUGGGGGCCCCCAGGGGGACUUGGAGGACGACGAAGAGGGUUUUGUUUCCCCUUUCUUUCAGAUGACCGAAGAGACCCCUGAGGAGCCCCUUGGCCCCGCUGAGGGGCCCCUUAGCCCCGCUGAGGGGCCCCAAUAUGCUGAAGAGGAAGAUGGGGGGCCCCCAGGGUACUCGGGUCAGGAGAACCCGCUGCUUAGCUCUCUGCGGGCCCGGCGGCAGCGCCUGGCCCGCAGGGCCCGGAGGGCCUCUAUGAAGCAGCUGGGGCCUCAGGGGGCCCCCGCUGAUUCUUUGACCCUUCCUGGGGGACUCCAGGGGGCCCCGCAGGGCCUCUCAGGGCAGCAAAGCGGGGAGCCAGCCCCCAGGCUCCCUCAGCAGGCAGCUGUGGCCCUGGACCUGCCUCCUGGGGGGCCCCUCGAGGCCAGGGGGCCCCCUGAGGGCACAACUGCGGGGCCUCAAGAGCAGCAGCCCACGGCUCCAGGGCCCCCAGAGGAUCUCCCGCUGGGCCCCACAGACAGCCCUGCCUGGGCAAGGGAACAGGCAGAGGCCCCCUUCAGGAAUGGGGGGGCCCCCUUCACGGAAGGGGGGGCCCCCUUUAGGGAGGAGGGGGCCCCCUUCGGGGAUGUGGAGGCCCCCUUCGGGGAGGUGGGGGCCCCCUGGGUGUCUGCAGCGCAGGAAAGAGGGAGGACGCUCUCUGUGCGGAGCGCACUCUCGCACGCUCGCCGAAAAGCAGCAGCAACAACUGGUGCUGCUGCUGCUGCUGCUGCAGCGGGGGGCCCGCGGGGCCCACGGCCGGGCAAGCAGCUAGUUGGCCGCCCGGCCGGAAAAGCUGCAGGCCGUGGCUCUGGCCUGCAGCUCCCAAGGCGGGGCCCCCAGAGAGAGACAGAGGGGCCCCAGGAAGCAAAAGCUGGAACGGCAGCAGCAGUGCUGCACCCUCGCAGCAGCAAGGGCCCCAGAAAGUCUGAUAUACUUUUGCUGCCACCCGAGAGCAGGGCUGGGGGGCCCCCCUCCGAGGAGGGGGGCCCCCGCCCUGUGCGCUCGCUUGCUGCGCUGCGCAAGCUGCUGCAGAAGCAGCAGCAAGCCAGCAGUGGGAAACAGCUGCUGCAGCGCAGCACAAAAGCAAAAGGCAGCAGGGGCCCCUCUGAGAAAAAGAAGUAG